CCGGCUCCUGGGCCCGCUGCUCGGCAGGCGCGCGCGGCUGCUGAUCUUUCCCCGGCAGAGAUGCCGGUUCACUUUUAGAAGUGCUUGAAGCCAGAGUCAUGGUGGAUGUAGGAAAGUGGCCUAUCUUUACCCUGCUCUCGCCUCAGGAAAUUGCGUCUAUUCGGAAAGCAUGUGUCUUUGGCACCUCGGCCAAUGAAGCCUUGUACGUUACUGAUGAAGAUGAGGUCUUCGUAUUUGGACUGAACUACAGCAACUGUCUUGGAACCGGAGAUAAUCAGAGUACACUUGUACCCAAAAAGCUAGAAGCCUUGUGUGGAAAGAAAAUUAAAAGCCUUAGUUACGGGAGUGGACCCCAUGUUCUUCUCAACACUGAAGAUGGAGUUGUUUACGCCUGGGGCCACAAUGGAUAUUGCCAGCUUGGCAAUGGGACAACCAAUCAAGGCAUCGCCCCCAUCCAAGUCUGUACCAAUCUCUUGAUCAAGCAAGUGGUCGAAGUAGCAUGUGGCUCCCAUCAUUCUAUGGUUCUGGCAGCUGAUGGAGAGGUGUUCGCUUGGGGCUACAACAACUGCGGUCAGGUGGGAUCAGGAUCGACAACAAAUCAACCAAUUCCUCGGAAAGUUACAAACUGUUUAAAUAUUAAGAAGGUGGUUAGCAUUGCCUGUGGCCAGACCUCAUCCAUGGCUGUUCUGGACAAUGGUCAGGUCUAUGGCUGGGGCUACAACGGCAAUGGUCAGCUAGGCCUAGGCAACAACGGCAAUCAGUUGACUCCUGUGAGAGUGGCAGCUUUGCACAACGUGUGUGUCAGCCAGAUUGUCUGCGGCUAUGCACACACUCUAGCACUAACUGAUGAGGGCUUGCUGUAUGCCUGGGGAGCUAACACGUAUGGGCAGUUGGGAACUGGCAAUAAAAAUAACCUGCUAAGCCCAGCACACAUCAUGGUGGAGAAAGAAAGGGUGGUAGAGAUUGCAGCCUGCCACUCUACCCAUACCUCUGCUGCCAAGACCCAGGGUGGGCACGUGUACAUGUGGGGCCAGUGCCGGGGCCAGUCCGUGAUCCUGCCUCACCUCACCCACUUCUCCUGCACAGACGACGUGUUUGCCUGCUUUGCUACACCUGCUGUCUCAUGGCGCCUCCUGUCCGUGGAACAUGAAGACUUUUUAACAGUUGCAGAGUCACUAAAGAAAGAAUUUGACAGUCCAGAAACUGCUGACCUGAAGUUUCGAAUUGAUGGGAAAUUUAUUCAUGUCCAUAAAGCUGUUUUGAAAAUCAGGUGUGAACAUUUUCGAUCUAUGUUCCAGUCUUACUGGAAUGAGGACAUGAAGGAGGUGAUAGAUAUAGACCAGUUUUCCUACCCAGUGUACCGUGCCUUCCUCCAGUACCUCUACACAGAUACGGUUGAUCUGCCACCUGAGGAUGCCAUAGGUCUCUUGGAUUUGGCAACAUCUUACUGUGAAAACAGACUGAAAAAACUUUGCCAGCACAUCAUAAAGCGAGGAAUCACUGUGGAGAAUGCCUUUUCCUUGUUCUCUGCUGCAGUCAGAUAUGAUGCAGAGGAUUUAGAAGAAUUCUGCUUUAAGUUUUGCAUCAAUCAUUUGACAGAAGUCACACAGACUGCAGCAUUUUGGCAAAUGGAUGGCCCUCUGCUAAAGGAAUUCAUUGCUAAAGCCAGUAAAUGUGGAGCCUUUAAGAACUGACGCCCAAGGCUGCUGGGGUUUGUGUGAGUGCUCUGGGGCAGGUGAUGGUAUGUCCUUUGGGCCCCACAAGCUGACAUGAGAUUCUGCAGGUAACAAUCCCAUCAGGCUGUUCCUUUCUACAUCGUUAUGGAAGACUAUGUGGAGGCUGUACAGCUUUUCCUGAACCGUUGAUUUCUGUUUCCAGAUGUGAUAUUGUAAAUGUGACCUUGCUUGCAUUUAGCUGGAACAUGGUAAAAGCUUGAAAGUUUAGCAGGUCAUUCUCAGUUGCUGAUUUUGAUGAGAGGAACAUCUGAACUUGGAUUUGUGGCCACUCUCCAGGUUUAUGUGGCAACACCCUUUCCAUGUACCAGGAGUUGAGCUAGUUGGUGAAUUGUGUGGUUGAUGUAGGGACCCCACUGGAAAAGUCAAGAGUUUGAAGUUCUGCAUUAGUUGUUCAUGAAUAGCCUUGUUGUAAAGGGAUAGUUACAAUUGUUUGAAGGCUUUUGUUUUUGUGUUUGUACUUUUUUUAAACUUCAUGGUAUAUCAAAAUAAUAUCCAAUUGAGUAUGAGUCAGAUCUGUUGAAGUGAUAAUUUAUGAUAUA